UUAAUCGAGGUAGGGAGAUUUAUCACGUUUUUGAGAAAAAAGACAUACGAACCAAAAAAAACACAUACGAACCAAAAAACAUUAAUUAGUGUGCUCAAAAGCUUAAAACGUACACGCUGCUUUAGCAAUUUCACCACGCCAUCUUCUUCGAUUCCUUCAGCCAAAAAGAUGGCGAAGAGAGAGAUGGCUGUGUACUGUUUCGACACUUUGGUCUCUCACUACAACAACGAUGACACUCCUCCACCUGCCUUUGACGACGCCAAUCAUCCAUUGUUUGUGACGUGGAAGAAAAUAGUGAAUGGUGGGGAGCCUCGAUUGCGUGGAUGUAUUGGUACACUGGAAGCACGCCGCUUGAUCAGUGGCUUCAAGGAUUAUGCCUUGACCAGUGCCCUGAGGGAUCGUAGGUUCCCGCCAAUACAGUCCAAAGAACUGCCCUUUCUGCAAUGUACAGUCUCUGUCCUGACUGAUUAUGAAACUGCAGAUGAUUAUCUUGAUUGGGAGGUGGGAAAGCAUGGUAUAAUCAUUGAGUUCACUGAACCCGUGACUAAUAAAAGGCGAAACGCCACAUAUUUGCCUGAGGUGCCAGCUCAUGAAGGCUGGACAAAGAUAGAGGCAAUAGAUUCACUGGUGCGCAAAGCAGCAUACAGCGGUGAAAUAACAGAAUCAGUGCGUAGGAGAAUCCAUCUAACACGUUACCAGAGUACAUUAUUCAGCAUGCAUUAUAGCGAAUAUCUUUCAUACGUGAAGUCCACGAGAGGCGGCGGUGUUGUCCCUGCUAUUAACGGGACCAGCAAGCCCGCCAUGGCCUUGUCUUGAUUUGCACCAUAAAGCUGCUGCUAAUGGGUGCACCUCCUCCCUCAUUUAUCUUUGUAUUUGUGUGUUCUCUAUGAUUAAAAGAAGCUUCUUCUUCAAGGAAACUCUCUAUUUGGCUGCUUCGCAAUUGUAUUACAACAAUGUCAUAAAAUCAAAGAAACCAACUUUGAUCUC